GUGGAGCAGUCGACUAUUGGCUGUCGAGGAGCGCGACGAGACCUUGCAAGUUGUCUCUGCGCCGAAAGAACUCUACGAUCGCUCAGGCGACUUCAGCAACGCAUACAGCAUCAACCCCGCAACGUAGGUCGACGAUUACGUCUGGCGAGGCAGCCUUGACCUUCACCUCUCCUACAAUCAUUUCCAUUUCAUCAACUGCUCCUCCUCUCCGCACUACAAAUGGGGCUCAGAAUGGACGAUCUACACGCGCCCACAGUGGGCUCUGGUCCAACGUCGCAAGCAGCUUCGAGUUCGCAAGGCUCGAAGAAGUCCUUCCAGGAGCUCAUCACACAAAAGCAGAAUCUCGAGGCUGAAUUGUCGGCUCUGGGCUCAGUCCUCGACUCUCACGGCGUGAAUAUGACGACUCCGCUUACCACGCCCGAUGGCUUUCCACGAUCGGACAUCGAUGUUGCGCAGAUUCGAACGACAAGAGCUAGGAUCAUACGGCUGAAGAAUGACCACAAGACUGUGAUGAAGAGCCUAGAGGAGGCCGUGCAUGAGCAGUUCGCAGCAGGGAAGACGCCGGAGGAGAUACCAGCACAAGCUUCUGGCAGCGCAACGACUAGGGCAGCGCCAGUCGUGGAGCCUCCCUUUGCCCGAGUCAACGCAGUAGUGCCUUCAAGUCCAGCAGAACAAGCUGGCAUGAAAGUCGGCGACAAAGUGACCAAAUUUGGGUGGGCGACCUGGACGAACCAUGAGCGGCUGGCAAAGGUCGCGGAGAUCGUGCAACAGAAUGAGAACCGCACAAUUCUGGUCAAGGUCUUGAGAGAGGGUGAAGGGGCAAUAUCGCAGAGCCAUGAAAUGCAGCUCACGCCACGUCGAGACUGGGGAGGGCGAGGUCUGCUCGGCUGCCACCUCGUACCAUUGUGAACAGAGAUCUCGUGGAGACUGGAUGUCGAGAGCGCAGAUACCUCCAGGCAUUCUUGCCGGAGGCAAGUCACUGCGAAGCGCAUGGAUGGGCCCUCACGCAGCUGCGCCGCCGACAGACAGUGCUGUGACAUAGUGCAUGGCAGCAAUAAAAGGCGUCUUGCAGGUGCGCAGCAUGUUCAGCAG